GUAAUCUGUUACUAUGACAGAAGAAAAACUGAAUAUUACACGAAGUUUUGUCUAUUCUACAUACCACCGUCGUUAAGAAUACUAUAUUUUCUUGCUAACGAUGUCUGAGACAAAGGAAGCAAAAGAAGCGAAAGCAAAAUCUCCAGAAAAGACUGGCAAGUCUUCGGGGAAAACAGCUGGAAAGAGGGGUCGUAUCAGGCCAAGAAACUACGACUUAGGAAAUGGUGUGUACAGAUUCAGCCGGUCGCGUAUGUACCACAAGAAAGCCAUCUACAAGUUCAUCAAAAAGAAGACCCCAAAAACUGUCAAGCCCAAGAAACCGAUCACCGUAGAAAAGAAAAUCAGUGGUGACAAAAAUGGAGAGAAACGUAUAGUGCUAUUGAAGAAGAGGCGUGCAAGCUACCCUACUGCAGAUCCUGUGACUGUACAUCACUCCAAGAAGUGUUUCAGUGACCAUCGUCGUUAUUUGAGGCCUUCAUUGAAACCAGGGACGAUUUGUAUUCUACUUGCCGGUGCUCACAAAGGAAAACGUGUCGUUUUCUUGAAACAACUUAAGAGUGGUUUACUCUUAGUCACAGGUCCUUUCUUGAUAAACGCUUGCCCGCUACGAAGAGUCAGCCAGAACUAUGUAAUCGCCACGUCCACGCGUAUCAACAUCUCCGGUCUGAAGAUCCCGGCUCACAUCAACGAUGAUUAUUUCAAGAGGAAACGCGAGAAACGCGCAAAGAAGGAGGAAGGCGAUAUAUUUAGUAAAAAGAAGGACGAAUACAAACCGAGCGAUCAAAGGAAAGCUGACCAAAAAGUAGUCGAUAAAUUCGUCAUCUCUGCUAUUAAGAGGAACAAGGAGAAGAAGCUGUUAUUUACUUAUCUGUCGGCGAUGUUCGGUCUGCGAAGCAGCCAGUACCCACACAGAUUAAAGUUCUAAGCCUUUUGUGAUUUCGAUACAAAUACAGAAUAAUAAACACAGAAAUCCCGAAUA